AUCGAUUAUAGCUAGUUGUUGUCAGUUGCAUAGUUUAGUUAAUUUUGUAUUAUUUAUCGAAAAUAGUAUUUUAUUUAUAUCCCAAAGUACGAAAAUAAUGUUAUUGUUUUUAAUUCAGUGAGGUAGUUGUAAUCCUAAUUUAAUUAUUAAUACUAAUAUUACAUUUUGGAUGGACGUAGUAAUUUUGUGAGUGGAUGUGAAUGAACGAUGCUGUUACUGAAUAUCAUCCAUAGAAAUAAAGACGAAUGUUUUCUAUUAAUACUGGCUCUUUUGCUGUAUUACGUGAUGAUAUUUUUAGAAGAAACUGAGAAAAAUCGUUAAAAAGGAUUUUGCCAACCAUUCAAAUAUGUUUGUUGAGGAUUUAGUCAAAGGAUUUUAUGAUAUAAUUUCAAAAACUAAAAUACUUAUAUUAGUGAACUAUGACGUGGAUGCAAUAUGUGCUGUAAAAAUACUGAAAUGUAUUUUACGUUUUGACAAUAUAAUUUAUGUGCUUGUACCAGUUAAGACUGUGACAGAAUUAAAAAAAGCAUUUGAAGAGCAAAAAGUUGACGUAAAACAUAUAGUGUUAAUAAAUUGUGGAGGUACAUUAGAUAUCAUAGAAUUAUUAGAACCAGAUGAAGAUAUUAUUUUUUUCAUUGUUGACAGUCAUAGACCUACAGAUAUAUGUAAUAUUUAUAGUAGUUCUCAGAUAAGAUUAUUGACUCCUCCUGAUGAUGAUGAAAACAUACCAAACUUUGAAGAAAUAUUUAAUGAAACUGAAUCAUCAGAUGAAGAUGUUAAUUCAGAUGAACUCGAUGAAAUUGAGCCUGAUAAUGAAAAUGUUAAUAGUGUUGAAGAACAACAAAACAAAAGAAGAAAACUUGAUCAAAGUAUAUUAGUUAAACGAAGAGAAAGAAGAAGAUGGGAAGAAAACAGAAAAAAAUUGUUAUUUGAUUAUACUCAGUUUUCAUAUUAUGGGCGUUCGGCUGCAAUGAUGAUGUUUGAUCUUGCAUGGAAAUUGCAUAGAGAAUCUGUUGAUUUAUUAUGGUGGGGCAUUGUUGGAGUAACCGAACAAUACAUAUUAGGAAAAACAGAACGUAUGCGUUAUUUAAAAGAAGUAGAAUUGAUAGCUGGUCAUAUUGGUCGUAUUUGUGAUUCUACAAUUAAUCAUGAUGAUGAGAAUAUGUCUCAGUCAUCAUUGGUGAAACCUUCAAAUACGUCUACCCAUCUACGAAUUGAAUCUGAAAAAGAUCUAUUAUUAGCAUUAUACAGACAUUGGACAAUUGAAUGUAGUCUUCGGUAUUCAAUGUUCACAGCAGUAUCUUUAAAACUCUGGACAAUCAAAGGCGAAAAAAGACUGAAACAAAUUCUAGCAGAAAUGGGAUUACCACUUGCUGAAAGUCGUCAAAUGUACCAUUCAAUGGAUUUAAGUUUACGUAAAGAGUUUUAUGGUAUGAUGGAAAAAAUUUCCAGUACACAUAAUUUAUUACAAAUGACUUAUCCUUCAUUUAUGUUACACCAAGGAUUUAAAACGAGGUACCAAUGUGCUGACUAUGUUUAUUCUAUGGUAGCUUCACUAGAAACUAAUUCUCGUGAAAAUUCUUCUAUUCAAUGUUUUUAUAAUACAAUGGAUUCAUUAUCUCGAUCAAAAAAAGAUUUAUUAGAUCAAGGAAUAGAAAAAGCCAAAUGGAUAUUGACCAACAUGUUUAGGCAUGUUCAAGCUGCAUUGGACAUGAGACAAGUGAUAUUAGCUGGACCAUUUUACUAUUUAAUCAUACAAGAGGGUACCCUACAUUCUCAGCACUAUUCCAAUCCUCACUGCUUAAUUAUGUUAGCAUCAUUUGCUCUAAGAGCUCAAGUCGCUUCUUCGCGUAAAACCAAAGCUACUCGUUUACCAUUAAUUGCUUCAGCCACCCUUGAUUCAGAACAAGACACUUGUUUAAUCGUUGGUAUUCCUCCUAUCACAGAAACAAUGCCUCGGAGUUUUUUCGGAAAAGCAUUUGAACAAGUUGCUAACAACACUAAUAUUGAAGUUUCAUUGGAUUACUUUGAUUCAUCUAUCGCAAAAAUGCCAAUUAAAGAUCGACCGAAGUUUUUUGAUGCUCUGACAGCAUUACUUAGUUGACAAUAGUCAUUGUCAUUAUAUUAUACUUAAUUAUUUAAAUUUAACAUAAUGUAAAUUAAUAAUAAAUGUUUGUUUUUAAUUAUAA